CACUGUAUGAACUUGAGAAGUUGCCAGCAUACUGGGAUGCUCAGGCGAGGGCAUCACUGGAUGCUGCACUGAAACUCCACCCUCGGAAUCACCAGGCCAAGAACAUCAUCCUAUUCCUUGGUGACGGGAUGGGUGUGUCCACAGUGUCGGCAGCUCGAAUCCUGCGAGGUCAGAUGGAGGGUAGCUCAGGGGAGGAGACGGUGCUGGCCAUGGACACCUUCCCAUAUGUGGCCCUGUCUAAGACUUACAGUGUGGAUAAGCAGGUAGCAGACAGCGCUAGCACGGCCACAGCUUACCACUGUGGGGUGAAGGCCAACGCUAAGACAGUAGGACUCAGCGCUAAUGCAGUGGCCUACGAGUGUAACACCACCUUCGGUAACGAGGUCUACUCAGUAUUACGACGUGCAAAGGCACAAGGUAAAUCUGUUGGGAUAGUGACAACCACCCGUGUCCAGCAUGCCUCCCCAGCUGCUGCCUAU